AACUGGCUUCUAUUUAGCUUAAUUUUUGAUAAAAAAAAAACGUUAGAAAAUUCGGACUUUUUUGUUUUACCGUCGCAAUCUCGUAGGGCAUGGCUUUUUUUAGCGUUUUAAAGUUGUUGCUUUAGGAUGAAAACGGAAUGCAUUUUGCUUGAGGGAGGCAUCUGAGUCGCGUCUCAGAUUUUUUUUUGCAUUUUUUUUUGGCAUUUUAUAUAGAGGACUGGUACGAUCUGUUUUCAUCACCUGAGCUCGAUAUGCCUAAUACGCGAAAUUGGGUGAAGCACAACGUGGCUUCACCGCAGCUUGGGUUUGUGAAGUCGGUGAUGUCCGGGGACAGGUUGGCUAUCUUGCCUGUUUCAUAUAUAGAGGAGCCAUACGAGUACGGCCCGGAAGACCUCAUUGUUAACUUGAGUUGCAUCAAAGCGCCCAUUUCUAAGACGAAGGAGGGCUUGGAAGAGCCGGGAGCCUGUGAGAGCCAGAGUUUUUUGCGCACGCUUUGCCUGAAGCAGUGCGUCUAUUUUUACAUAGAGACGGUUGGAACGAGCAACAGAAUAUAUGGGGAAGUGUAUACGAGAAAGGGAGAGGACCUCCGAGCGAUUCUCGUUGAGAGCGGUUGGGCUAGGGUCAGCGGUACUGGCACGAAGAAGUACGGUCAUGGGCAGAAGGUGAGCCAGUUGUUGAAGUUGGAGGAGCUGGCCAAGGAGAGGCGCCUUGGGAUGUGGGCCAUGGAGGGGGGUCUCGCGAACGGCGCGCCGGAGAAGCUGGGGAAGCUGAAUUCGGCGCAGUUGUUCCAGAAGUUGAAUGGGAGGAAGGUGUCGGGGACCGUGGAGCAGGUGAAGAGUGGGUCUAGCUUGAGGUUGAGCGUUCCGAGUUUGGGCCGCACGGUGCUGGUGUUCUUGUCCGGCGUCGAGUGCGAGGCGUACAAUCCGGAGUUGAGCGACGAGCUUCAGAAGCCGUACGCGAGAGCGGCGCAUUUUUUCGUGGAGUUGCUGGUGCUGAAUUGCGAGGUGACGCUCGUGUUGGAGUCGAUUAACGAGUUGAACCAGCUCUUGGGCGCGGUGUGGAUAGGCCGGUGCAACUUGGGCGUGAGGUUGCUGGAGGAGGGGUUGGCUACGUACGACCACGAGACCGCUGGCAUGUACGCGGCCGAGUUGAGUCAGGCCGAGGUCAAGGCGAGGGAGUCCGGGCUGGGCAUUUGGAGGAGAGGGGGCGUGACGGUUCCGCGCGCCGAGAAGAAGGAGAUGAAGGGGGAGAGUGUCUGCUACGAGGGUCGCGUCACUGGCAUCAUCAACACCGGGGGUAUACGAGUUGCGGACGGUGAUUUAGCGAAGGGAGGAGAGCAUCGGUUGUAUUUUUCGUCGAUUUACUACCCGAGGUACCAGAUGAUGUCACAGCAGGCCAACCAGCAGUCCAAUUCGUCGAUAGAGGUCUACGUGGCGAAGAUGUGUAGGGAGUACCUGCGCCAAUUGCUCAUAGGGCAAACGAUACAGUAUUCUUUGGACUAUACGAGGUCUUCGAACAAGGACGGCGAGGAGUUCAAGUUUUACAGCGUGUGGUUUGAGGGCAAAAACGUCGCGUUGGAGUUGGUGUCCAGGGGAUUCGCGAGGGUGAUGGCCCAUCGAGAAGGCGAGCAGAGGUCCCCGAUUUAUCAGAAGCUGCUGAUAGCUGAGAACCAAGCCAAGAAGAAGCAGCACGGUUUGCAUUCGACCGAGACUAUUCGGCUCCCCGUCGUGAACUACUUGGUGGCCCCUCCCUCGGCGUCCAGAAGAGAUCCGAGGUCGUCGGAGUCGAGAAAGAGAACGCAAGAGCAGGGAGACAUGCAUUACGUGUCGAGGCUGCAGUCCCACCUUCAAAAGCUGCGCCGCGCCGGAAAACUGCACGGCGUCGUCGAAAAAGUGGUCAAUCCCAUUCGGUUCUCCAUCUGGAUCGACAAAGAAGCGAUCCUGAUGCCGUUCCAUCUGAACUCGCUUUCUAUUCCCCCCCCCACCCAUCCGGGGAACGCCGCCGUGAGGUCGGCCGCGCAUCAGUUCGUGCACGACAGCCUGUACCAGCGAGACGUUUACGUUACCGUCGAGUCGAUUGACCGACUCGGAGACUUCUCCGGACAGCUGUAUCUGAACUCGCUGGAUUUUGGGCAGAUCCUCCUGCAGAAGGGCUUCGCCAAGUUCUGGACCCUUCGCAAGUCCGUCGCGUCGGUCGCCCAGUACAGGCGCGCGGAGGAAGAGGCCAAGCAGCUCAAGCUUGGGUUCUGGGAGCACUGGAGCGCCACCGACGUCGGUAAGAACGCCUCCAAAGAGGCCGAUCAGCAACAGGAGUCAUCCAAGCGAGAGAAGAAGGACCUGUCCUCGCUGGAGCGAUUCCCAGUUCUCGUCACGUGCGUGGCGGGUGACUUUCAAUUCUACUUCCAAAAGCUGGACGACCUCACUUCGCCCUCCCCCGAAGCCAGCUUCCUCGAGGAGUUGCAGCAACUUCCCGCGCCCGACGCGAAUUUCAGCCCGUCCAAGUCCACCCCCCUCGCCUCGCUGUCUCCGUCCGACAACAAGUGGCACCGCGCGUCCCUGGAGCGCGUCUCCGUCGACGACAAGUACUUCGUCCACUUCCUGGACCUCGGCGAAAGGCGAGUCGUCUCGAAGGACGCAAUCCGCCCUCUGCCCCCCGAGCUGCAGAAAAUUCCUCCCGUCGCUCAGUCCGCGCGCCUCGCCUACGUCGUCUCUCCGAAGGCCGGGGACUCGUACUACUCCGAAUGCACCGAAUUCUUCAGCAAAACCGCCAGCGGCAGGACGUUUCUGUGCUGCACCCACUACCAAGAGGGCAAGGUCCCCUACGUCGUGCUGCACGAGCCGUCGUCCGAGUCCACCGUCAACGCCACUCUCGUAGAGAACGGGUUCGCCGUGCUCGACAGGCAGUUCGACGAGGAGCCGGACGACGACCAGUUCGUGUCGCAGCUCAGAGAAAAGCAAAAACUCGCCUGCGACAAACGCCUCGGCAUGUGGGAAUACCAAAACGAAAUCCAUUUGGACUCGGAAGACUACUGACCACGACCCGCUUGCAAACUGCGCUCUGACUCCCGCAGCGAGCCUUUGGCGCCUCACGGGAACCGCGGCGCAAAGCCAAAUCGUACGCGCGUUGUAGCGCGUACGCAUAUCACAAAUAAAAAAAAACACAAACAGCUCUA